GGUAUACAGUAAGGAGUCACACACCGGAUCUUUUCCCGUUACAUAACCGCCUUCGUUUUGAACUAUAAAUACCAGAUUCUAAUAAAUCAUUUCGCGCCUGUAUCAUUUGCACACAAAUUCUUCACCAACACAUUUUCUAGGGUUUCGUUGCGACUCAUCUACUGAUCAUUGAGCUGUUGAUCAUCAACACACCUGCAAAUUUCAGUGAAAUCGUCUAAUUUGAGUGCAAAAUGAGCAAGCUAGUAGGAUUAUCAGGCAUGAAGAGCCUCGAUCGUUUCAAAUAUUCGUUAGGAUCGACUUCUUCUAGUCCGGCAGCUGCAAAAACUUUCAAUAUUUCUUCACAUCAACCUUCGAAUUCAAGUUCUUCAGGAAGUUUCGCUAAUUUGAAGCUCGCUGCAGAGAAAUUGGUGAAAGAGCAAGCUUCAUCGAAAACAGAUCUAGACCUGGCGAAUUCUAAGAUUAAGAAAUUGUCGGACUAUAUUCAUGUGUUGGAAGAGAAGUUGCAGCAUGCUUAUAAUGAAAAUGCAAAGCUUAAAGUGACGCAUAGAGAAGAUGAGAAACUUUGGAGAGGACUAGAGUCAAAGUUCUCCUCCACAAAGGCCAUAUGUGAUCAACUUACUGAAACGUUACAAACUUUAGCUGAUCAGGUUAAGAAUGCUGAGAAAGACAAAGUCUUUUUUGAAAAUAAACUGUCUGAAACUUCAGUAGCUUUAGACAAUCUGAAUGGACAGAUGAAAUCUCUCUCUCUGAGGCUGGAAUCAUCAGAAGAAACCGUCAGGACUCGUGACAAAGAGUUGAAGGAACUUAGCAUUGACAAGGAAAAUGUAGAGAAACAACUUAGAGACGAACAUGACCAAGUUCUCAGUCUCAUCAAUGAAAAAGAUAAUCUGAUCAAGAAAUUUGAAGAGACUGUAGCAUCUAAUGAAUCAGCCAUAGAGAGUUUGAACUCUAAAUUGAGUGAGUUGAAAAUUGAGCUAGUAUCAAAGGAAGCUAAACUAAACAACAUGCAAGAAUCAGGUGAAAGGAAGGAGAAAGAGAAUACUGAUCUUAUAGCCUGUAACAAGAAGUUAAACGGGCAUUUAGACAAAGCAAUGCAGGAGAACCAGAAUCUAGAAAAUUUUGUAAAGAUGCUAACUGUUAAGCUCACAGAUUUGGAUAAACAGAGUCUAGACUUUUGGGAGAAGGUUAUAAAAGUCGAUGCUCUAUUUUCUUCUUGCUUUGAGUUAGUACAAGAGGGAAAUAAACUUGCAACACAAAAGGCACAAAAGCGUUUUGAUAGUCUUCAUGGUCAACUAUUGAAGACCACAUCAGGAAAUGAUGCAUUGCAGUUGGUUAAUAAAGAGUUGGAGAAUAAGAUCAGUGAGCUCCAGAAUGAUCUAAAGUUCACAAUGAGUCAGCAUGCAGAAGAAUCUCACUUAGCAGAAGAGAAGAUUCAGAGGUUAGAGUCUGAAGCAGAAACGCUUCUUGCAAAGAAGGUUGAACUGGAUAACGUGAUUACCACUUUGGAGGAUCAAAUCCGUUCUUUAUCUGAAGCUUCUAGAUUAUCAGAGAUACAAAUGCAAGACUUUCAGUUAAAGCAUUCAGAGUCUGAAACUGAGAAUAAAGAGAAUAUCAGGAAUCUUGAAUCCGAGAUACAUAGAACAAAAGAGGAAACAGAUACUCUGAAGAAGGAGAUUCUGCAGCAUGAACAGCAUGUUGACUCACUCGAGAAACAACUUAAUGAGCUUCAUACGUUACUACAGGAGAAGGAACGGGUUGUUUUGGAAUCAAACGAAAGAGAGAAACUUCUGGAAGAUCAAAAGGCAGAGGCUCAGAAGUUGUUCAUCGAAGCUGAAGGUAAUCUGAAAGAAGCUAAGAAGCAAUAUGAUGACAUGCUGAGAAGUAAACAGUUAGAAUUGUCAAAGCAUUUGAAGGAAAUCUCUCAAAAGAAUGAUCAGGCUAUAAAUGAUAUUCGAAGGAGGUAUGAAGUGGAAAAACAGGAAUGCAUAAAUCUUGAAAAGGAAAAGGCUGAAAAGGCAAUUGUAGAUAUGGAAAAGAAAUGCGGCCAAAAGCUUUCAGAAUGCAAAGAGGAAUCAAAGCAGCAACUGAUGCAGUUAAAGGGAGAACACACUGCUUUGGUUAACAACAUCCAGCAGCAGAACGAUAAGAAGGAAGCUAAUCUAAAAUCUAAUCAUACUGAAGAAGUAAAAAAGAUACGACUUCAGGCUGAGAAUGAACUUAAAGAGAAAACAAAGUUAAUCAAGAAUCAACAUGAAGCUGAGUUAAGAGAAUUGAGAUCUCAACAUGAAGAGGAGUGUAGGCAUCUCGAAGAGGAGCUGAAUAUCCAAAAGGACAGGGAAGAGAGACAGAAGGCUUUGCUACAGUUGCAGUGGAAAGUAAUGAGUGAUCAGCCACAAGAAGACCAAGAAGUGACCUCAAGAAAGGAUAUGCCUUACAUAAAUGCAACGCAGUCGCCUGUAACCAGCAUGUUAAAGAAAGCAGACAAGGGUAAAACAGGAAAUGUGAUUAACAUUCCCAAGCACUGUAAAAAGGUAACUCACCGAGAGUGUGAAGUUGAAACUUCCCACGGUACAACAAUCAAGCGGCGAAAGACAAAAAGUACAAUCAUGUUUCAGGACUCAAAAAAGAACAAGAGGCAAACACCAAAAGCCAAUACCCCUAGGAAUGCCAUUAAGCGAGUGAAGGGCGGGAGUCAACAAAAUCAUCAUCCUAAUAUAGGCGAUCUAUUCACAGAAGGGUCGUUGAACCCAUAUGCAGAUGACCCUUAUGCAUUUGACUAAAGGUAGUAUCUGAUACCUCAUGAAAGUAAUGUGUUUCUAAACUUGGAUAUUAUGUUUUCUUUUAUGCAUUGAAUUGAUAGGAAAGUAUUAUAUGACCCUGCUUCUCUGUUUUACUUGAUCAGAGAGUGACAAUAAUUGUAUACACCAUAUAUCUUUUAUAUACUUAGUGACCUUAAA